AUGAAUAUGUUGGAUGAUGAAGAUGACCAAAGCUUUCACGCUACGCGUGACGGCUACUCCCAUUUGAGCGAUGUCGAAUGGGAUGCGGUUGAACGAAUGGGUUCGACCAUGGGCAUCCAUGCUGUUAGCGUCAUGCUAGAGGCUCUCAAUAGAGAUGCCCAACAUGCUACUAUCGCCAAGUUCAUUCAAAAUGAACUUGACGCUGAACGCGAGAAAGUAGCCUUGCUUCACCAACAAGGUUCUCAACAAGCAGAGUUGUUGAGAGAACAGGGUGCUCAACAGUUUGAACUGUUGAGACAGCAGCAGGCUGCUGCUGGCGGGUCGAUGCACUCGCGUCGGCCCGAGACUUUGAAGAUUGACAUCUCAAAGUAUAGAGGGGUCGAAGAAGACUCCCUCUUGAGAUGGUUCGUCGAAUUGGAUGACGCCAUAAGGGCGCGUCGCAUCGACGACGGGGAUAUGCAAGUUGCAUUUGCCCAGUCAAAUCUGGCAGGACGUGCCAAGACUUGGGCACUGGGGCUCAAGCUGCACGACCCAUACGCGUUUGGGUCGUUGGAAGUCUUCAAGUCGCGGCUCAGACAAACGUUUGAACCGCCUAGAGCUGAGUUCAGGGCUCGAACCGAACUCUUGAAGCUCAAGCAGGGUAAGCGUGAUGUGCACGCUUACGCUCAACAUAUACGACAUCUCACGAGUUGUAUAAGUUCCAAUCCAGUGGAUGAACACACGUUGGUUUCGGUGUUCAUGCAGGGUCUUGCGGAUGGUCCCGUCAAGACUCACCUGUUCCGGCUUGAACUAGAUUCACUAGAACAAGCCAUUUCCAUUGCGGAGCAGGAAGACUUCAGUCUGAGACAGGCUCGCGCCAGCUCGACAUCAUAUCGUCAACCGAGACGAUAUGACAACGGAGGUCCAGAGCCGAUGGAACUCUGUUAUGUAGAGAGCGAGAAGGUUCGCUCUACAGGCUACAAGAAGUUGCAGAGAUGCAACAGAUGUCAGGAGACAGGACACUACGCUUACGAGUGUAGUGCCCCUCGUCCAGUGUCUCGCGACACUGGGCGUAGUGACCGUCCACCCAUGAGAAAGGGGCAGGGACGAGGGUCCGCAGUUGGUGCAAAGACGCAACAACGGGAUGGACCGUCAAAAAACGGACAGGAUCAGUAG